AAGUCAAAGCCCAACUGAAGUUAACCGGAGAGGGAAACGGUGGAUUUAGGGUUUUAGGACAGCUUGUUCUAGGUUUUCAGUGGGAGGCGUUGAUUGAAUCGAGAGAGGUUUUGGUGAGAUGGCGAAAUUUAACGAGGUAGCGAAGAAGAAGAGAGAGGCGAAAGCAGAUAGAAAACGAGCCAUUCACGGCGAUCCCCUCACCAAUAAAUUGAAGACCAGAGCUCCGGUUGUCUCCGUCUCCGGAAAACGUCAGAGAAAACUCCUUCGAAAAUGGCGCCGGGAGCAGAAAGAGAUGGUGGAGAAGGGUCUUGUUACUAUGGAGGAUGUGGAGAUGGCUUCUGCUGAAGCUGCAUCAGAAGACUCCAAGAAACCCCCCAGAAAAUUUAGCGUGAAGAAGACCUUGAAACUCAAUAAACUAAAGAACAAAGGCAAGAAGAAGAAAAGCCAGAAAGCUGUUGGCGAAGGGUCUGCUGAUCAGAUGCUAGAAUGAGUUUUGUAAAAACCUUAAAACCCUUUUCAUCUAUCAAUAUAUAAAGCUUCUCAAUGUAUGGUAAUAUUGUUUCAAAAUGAGUCGAUGAGGAGGAUCCAGAGCAUAGGCACUUAACAAAGAGCGAAGGGUUUGAUAGGAUUUCAUUUUUUUUUUGUUUGUUCAAGUUUUCUGAAUCUUUAUAGUUUUCUAAUAUGUUUUGUCGAUUAGAAAGGUCUCAUUUUGUAUCCGUACUGGUGAUUUGGUUAUGUCAAAAAAAAAAUUUGUGGUAUAUCACAUUUUGAAAUACAACUAUUUUCUACUU